AUGGAGAACGAAGAAAGAGCUCACUUGGAGUCACAUUAUCAGACUGAGUUGGAGUCUGUAAAGAAUGAAGUUUCUCGGCUAACCGACUUACUUGAGCAGCUUCUAAGGGCUAAGAAUGGGGAGGGAACAUCAGCACGACAGCUUGAAGGAGCGCCAACAGUUCACAUUCCUCAAGCAUCUCAAAACCAGGGGGCAAACUCGGCCAAUGAACAACAGUUUGUGCCUAUUACUCCUAUCUUACCACCUCAUACUCCAGUCACUGUUGACUUAACAACGGAGGGAGUCCCGGAUAUUAGGUCUCCCACUGAGAGGAUAGAACAGGGGAUCAAAGCUGGGCGAAUAGCAAUGCCAGUGGAAAAGAAGGGCUUUAUUGGAAGAAAGAGAGAAGGCGAUGUUAACAAUCUGGAAGACGGGUAUAAGGGCAAGAAACCCGAGUUAACUUGUGAGUACCAUGCGGGUAAUCCUGGGCAUGGGAUUGAAACCUGUUACGCUUUCAAGAAAAGAUUGAUGGAGCUUAUUAAGAUAGGAUGGGUAUCCUUUGAAGACAAGCCCAAUGUUAAUUCAAACCCGUUGCCUAAACAUGCCUCAAGUAGUAGUGGAAUAGGCAUGAUCGAAGUGGGAAAUCAAUGCAAGGUGUUGAAGGUGUCCAUGAAGAGGUUGUACGACAUGUUGGUACAAUCAGGAUUUCUAAAGACAAAGGUGGAGAGCCAUUUAGAGGGAGAUGAUUACUGUGAAUACCAUGGAAGAGAAGGACAUCAUAUUGAGGAUUGCAUCGAGUUUUGCGAAAAGAUGGCAAAAAUGCUAAAAAUGGGGGAGUUGAGGAUUGAACCCGUAAAGAGCAGCGGAGAGGUGAGUAUGAUGGAAGGUCAGAUGGAGAUGACAGGAGUAUGCAGGGUCCAACAAACAGCUAAUGGUCCCCCAAGGCUAAUCUUGGUUAAACCGUCCUACACAAAAGGGAAUCACAAUGCCAUGCCUUAUAAUUAUGGUUAUGCCUCCAACGUUCAAGCUCCUCUUCCUUUGUUCCAGACUGAGAUAAGUGGGUUGACCAGGAGUGGUCGUUGCUUUACUUCCGAGGAGUUGAGGAAGGCAAAGGGCAAAGAAGUGGUAGAUCUGGACCAAGCACUAGAAGUUAAUAAGCCCGUAACGGAAGAGGAGUCGAAUGAAUUCCUGAAGUUGAUCAAGCAUAGAAAAGUACUCAUUGAUAAUGGCUCGGCCCUUAACGUGUUGCCAAAGCACAUGUUGGAAGAAAUGCCGAUCGAUGAAUCCCAUAUAAAGCCAAGUACUAUGAUGGCCAGAGCGUAUGAUGGCUCACCUAGGCCAAUAAUUGGGACUCUAGAAGUGGAGCUAUAUGUGGGACCACAAAUGUUCCUAGCUGAGGAGACAGUAUCCAUGAUAAAGAAUGUGGCUGUGCCUUUUAUCGAAGCGAAUGAUUGCAAGGGUAACAAUAUCCAUGCCUUUGAGAUUGUGAACACCGACUGGGUGCCGGAGAAUACAGUGCUAAGAAGGCCAAGGAUCUCAGAAGCAGCAAGGAUGGCAAGUCUAUGCCUUUUGAACCGCGGGAUCCCAGUUCAGUAUAACUUUAUUAUCAGGAUACCAGAAGGGGUUAAUCUGGCAAGGAUGAAAAGUGCUGCUCAAAGAUUUGGGUUAGGAUACCAACCUAACCAAGAAGAUUAUCGGUGGGCUGCUGGUCGGAGAAGGGCAAGAAGGAUGGCUAGAAUUAAAGGAAGAGAGCCUGAUGAAGAAAAGCUAGAAAUCCCUCCCCUUAGCGUGUCAUUCUCAAAAGCUGCAUACAUAAUGCAACAUGAUAAAGAAGCUGAAAGCCUCGAUCAAGAGCUGUCAAACCUGAGCAUAAAUACCUUGGGGGAAAACAAGGUGGAAGGAGAUGACAUGAAGACAGUAGCAAGAAAGGGAGAUGAAGCACUCCCACAACUGACGGUCUACACCAUAGAAGAAGUCUCCGCCAAGACCUUUGUGCGCAAGCUAGUAGAACAACAGGAACAGACUUGGAAGCCUAUCGUCGAGGAACUCGAAACCAUCAAUGUGGGUAGUGAUCAGCUCAAGAAAGAGUUGAAAAUAGGUACCUUAGUUACUUCUGAACAAAGGACAAAAAUGAUCGCCCUGUUACAAGAAUAUGCAGAUGUCUUUGCUUGGUCUUAUGAAGAUAUGCCCGGUUUGGACACAAAUAUUGUAGUACACAAGAUACCGUUGGAAGAAGGCUGUAAGCCAAUCAAGCAGAAGCUGAGGAGGGCCCACCCGGAUGUCUGGAUCAAGGUCAAGGCAGAACUCGAGAAGCAAUGGGAUGCUGGUUUUCUAGAAGUAGUUAGGUAUCCACAAUGGGUAUCUAACAUUGUUGUGGUGCCUAAGAAGGAAGGGAAGAUUAGAGUAUGCGUGGAUUUUCGGAAUUUGAAUAAAGCUAGCCCCAAGGAUGAUUUUCCUUUACCACACAUAGAUGUUUUAGUGGACAAUGCAGCCCGGAGUUCCACAUAUUCCUUUAUGGAUGGUUUUUCGGGAUACAACCAGAUAAAAAUGGCUCCGGAGGAUAAGACGAAAACAACUUUUGUCACACCGUGGGGGACAUUCUGCUAUAAGGUCAUGCCAUUUGGAUUGAAGAAUGCAGGAGCAACCUAUCAAAGAGCAAUGGUGACUUUGUUCCACGACAUGAUGCACAAGGAAAUUGAGGUGUAUGUAGACGACAUGAUUGCCAAGUCUAAAAGAGGAGAGGAUCAUGUUGAAGUUUUGAGGAAGUUGUUUGAGAGAUUGAGGAAGUAUGAACUAAGGCUCAAUCCUGCCAAAUGUUCAUUUGGAGUUAAAUCGGGUAAGCUGUUAGGAUUUGUGGUAAGUGAUAGAGGUAUAGAGGUGGAUCCAGAUAAAGUAAGGGCCAUCCAAGCUAUGUCAUCCCCUAAGACGGAGAAGGAAGUAAGAGGAUUCUUGGGAAGGAUAAACUACAUUGCUCGGUUCAUAGCUCAGUUAACAACGACGUGUGAACCAAUAUUCCGACUACUAAGGAAAAAGAAUCCUGGAACCUGGAAUGAGGAGUGUGAGGAGGCAUUCAAUAAAAUCAAGCAUUAUUUGCAAAAUCCACCUUUACUGGUCCCUCCGGUAUCGGGAAAACCUCUAGUAUUGUAUCUAACAGUGACUGAAGCAGCUAUGGGAUGUGUAUUGGGUCAGCAUGAUGAAACCGGAAGGAAGGAAAGAGCUAUUUAUUACUUAAGUAAGAAAUUCACUGAAUGUGAGUCUAGAUACACGGAGAUAGAAAGGCUUUGUUGUGCGUUGGUGUGGGCAGCAAAGAGGUUGCGGCAUUAUAUGUUAUACUAUACCACUUGGUUGAUUUCAAAAGUGGAUCCUCUGAGGUACAUUUGUAACAAGCCAUUUCUCUCAAGUCGAAUUGCAAGGUGGCAAGUUCUAUUAGCAGAAUAUGACAUAGUAUACAUGACAAGGAAAGCUGUAAAAGGAAGUGCAAUCGCGGACCAUCUGGCCGAUAAUGCUGUUGAAGAUUACGAACCUUUGGAUUUUGACUUCCCUGAUGAAGAUAUAUUGUCAAUAGAGAAAGAAGAAGAGAAGACAGAUUGGUGGACGAUGUUUUUUGACGGUGCAGUGAAUGUAUAUGGUAACGGGGCCGGUGCGGUAAUAAUCUCUCCAGAUAAGAAACAGUAUCCAGUUUCGGUUAAACUACAUUUCGAGUGCACCAACAACACAGCUGAGUAUGAAGCUUGUAUCCUCGGGUUAGAAGCGGCAUUAGAGUUGAAGAUAAAGAAGUUAGAUGUAUAUGGAGAUUCAAUGUUGAUUAUCUGUCAGGUUAAAGGGGAAUGGCAGACUAAGGAGGAAAAGUUAAGGCCGUACCAAGAAUACCUAUCCACGCUAGCAAAGGAAUUUGAAGAAAUUAGAUUCACCCAUCUGGGAAGGGAGGGGAAUCAUUUUGCGGAUGCUUUGGCCACACUAGCUGCUAUGACUACCAUUGAUCUCAAGUGCAAAGUACAACCGGUCCACAUUGACAUUAGAAAUGACCCAGCUCAUUGUUGCUUAGUUGAAGGAGAGAUAGACGGACAGCCUUGGUAUUAUGAUAUCAAGAACCUUGUGCAAAAUCAGGAAUAUCCAGUGGGAUCCUCCAAAACGGAUAAGAAAACCUUGAGAAGGUUGGCUACAGACUUUUAUUUAGAUGGAGAGAUUCUGUACAAAAGAUCAUUUGAUGGAACCUUGCUAAGGUGUUUGAAUGAGGCAGAUGCUAGAAAGGCAUUACGGGAGGUCCAUGAGGGGAUUUGCUCAACCCAUGCUAGCGGGCAUAUGAUAGCAAGGAAAAUCCAAAGGGCCGGUUAUUUUUGGAUGACACUAGAGAAAGACUGUAUCGACUAUGUCAGGAAAUGUCAUAAAUGUCAAGUUUACAGUGACAAGGUCAAUAUGCCACCAGCUCCUCUAUUUAAUCUGAUAUCUCCUUGGCCAUUUGCAAUGUGGGGAAUCGACGUGAUCGGACCUGUUAACCCAAAAGCUAGCAACGGUCAUAGAUUCAUCCUUGUGGCUAUUGACUACUUCACCAAAUGGGUGGAAGCUAAUUCGUAUGCCCAUGUAACACAGAAGGUAGUGAAGAGGUUCAUAGAAAAGGAUUUGAUUUGUCGAUAUGGUCCUCCGGAAAAGAUAGUGACAGAUAAUGCACAGAAUUUCAAUGGCAAAAUAAUAGUGGAGCUGUGUACUAAAUGGAAAAUCAAGCAUUCGAAUUCCUCACCAUACCGACCAAAAAUGAAUGGCGCAGUAGAAGCCGCCAACAAGAACAUCAAGAAGAUUAUUCAGAAAAUGGUAGUCACAUACAGAGAUUGGCAUGAGAUGUUGUCAUUCGCUCUUCAUGCAUACCGCACUACAGUUAGGACCUCGACGGGAACAACUCCAUAUUCGUUGGUGUACGGUAUGGAAGCAGUGAUGCCUUUGGAAGUAGAAAUCCCGUCGUUAAGAGUAUUGAUGGACUCCGAAUUAGAAGAGGCCGAGUGGGCCAAAGUGAGAUAUGAGCAACUGAACCUGAUCAGUGAAAAGAGGAUGGCUGCAAUAUGUCAUCACCAACUGUACCAGAAACGAAUGGCCAAGGCAUAUGAUAAGAAGGUUAGACCGCGGUUAUUUCAAGAAGGGGAUCUAGUAUUGAAGAAAAUAUUGUCACUACCUGGAGACGAUCAAAGCAAAUGGGCACCGAAUUACGAAGGUCCUUACAUAGUUAAGAAGGCAUUCUCAGGAGGAGCACUGAAGUUGGCUAGAAUGGAUGGAGAAGACCUAGCUCGACCUGUGAAUUCUGACUCUGUAAAAAGAUAUUAUGCUUGA